UUUUUGAUAUAAAAAUAAUCUUUAUCGAACAAAAGGAACAUUUAUUGUGUAACUGGGAGUCUCGUGAGUGCAAACAUACGAAGAUCAUCAACGGUAAGCGAUUAAUUUUAUUGCUUUUCUGACUUUGUGACCAAUCUAUAUUGCUGCUAGGUGUUCGUAAUGUUUUGUCUAGUGAUCGAUAAACUCACACAAAUGCUUGGAUUGCUUUCGCUGUAAAGCAUAUUUUCAAAAUCUGACACGACAGGUGGAUUAACAACAAGCUAAACUGUGUUUUAAGCUAUAUUGCACUUGUGAUUUCAUGAAUAUAAUUUUCUUUUUGCAAUUUUUGGGGAAUUUGGCGCUCUGCAAUUCAGCGGUUGUUGAUGAAAAUGAUCCCACUAAAGGGAUCCGUGCAUCAAGUUAAUUAACAAAAAAAGUGUAAACUGUAGCCAUUUAUUUCCCUUCAUAGUUCGUUUCCCUAAGCAUGACCAUCAUCCACAUAGGCUACCAAAUUUUUACCAAACAUAGCUGUUUUGUGUCAGCAAUUGGACAUUGUUCUGGACAUUGUUCCACUUUACCCUACCAUAAGAACAAAAGGGUGCAUUUAGGUUACUCACUCCACGGAAGGGAAGACUGCUGCUACCUCGUUCGCUCUCUUUGGUCUCCAACCAAGUUGCAUGAAUAAAUGGAUGAGCAAACAGAAGUGUAUAGGACAUUCAACUCUUGAAGGACAGUGGAAGUUGAUGAUCAUAUAAGUGAUUCUUUAUUUUUAAACGUAAAACCAACGCAUCUCGGCCCUAGCUUUAGGCUUAUACAGAGUGAAAAAAUGAAUAGGAGGCUGGUUUAUUUUUUUUUCUUCUAAAUGAUCACUUGACUGCGGGCCUUAGCCCGGUGCAUCAGUAUAAUCUUACUCUUAACUGUUGAACAUUGUUGGCCUACUGAGUACUGACCCAUUUUACCACACAUGCUACGAAAAGGGUUAGUUAUCAUGAUCUUGAGCCUUCUCUCUGAACAUGUCUUGUGUGUAGUCUUUGAGCAGCUCACAUACCUCGCCAAUCUUGGGUGCGUUCGUAAAUUCGCUCUGGCGAGUGAGGUCAGAGUGAGCUAUUCUCUCGUUCGUGUCUGGAAGUAGCUAGCAAGCUAGCCAACGUUAGCCAGUCAGCUUGGGUGCAUGACUGCGGUUGUGGUUCAGAACGCUCGGAUCAACCCUACUCACUGGCCAGACCGUCCAGUGUGCGCUCGGAACGCCCCGAGAGCGAAACGCUCUGAAUUGAUGAACGGACAAUCUGACUAUGCUCUGAAUUUACGAACACCCAGAGCAUACUCCGAUCACACUCUGGCACUCUAGAUUGAAUUUACGAACACACCCCUUGUGUGUGGAUUUGAUUUCGCGCCAAACAACAUUAUUCCACGCGCGAGUUUGCUCUCGGUUAACAUAUACAUGUACGGACGCCCUAUUCAUAUUAAUUUAAUUCCGUUGUAAAUCCCUCCACACGAAUGGAAUCAAACAUGUCUGAACAGUUCGUUGAAAUUGAGAAUUUCGGCCUUGAGUUGUUGGAAAAUGUUGAUAUGAUGAUGGAACCUCAACACAGCCAUGAGGAAGUCAGCAGCCAGGAAGUUUUAAUCCUCAUUGAAAAGGUGAUUCUAGAGAUAGUCACCAGUCUGUCCAAAGAUGAAGCUCCAGUUUUGGUCCUACCCAACCGAUCCAGCUUGUCCAAUGUAAGUUUUGACAAAGCCGUUGGCCUUCAAAUGACUUCUGGAAGUUCUGUCACCACAGUUCGGAGCAACUGUUCCUCGUCUGUCACUAAAUUUGGGCACAUUCUCAAGGUUCUAUCCACCAUCUACAAACUUGUGCAGAGCAACGUAUAUGCCACAAAAAGGGACAUCUAUUACAACGACACACAGCUUUUUGGUUCACAGAGGACUGUCGAUUCCAUUGUGGAUGACAUCUCCUGCAUGCUCAAGGUUCCACGCAGAAGACUACAUGUGCUAGCUACGUCCAAGGGCUUCAUCUCAGGUGAUCUUUGUUACCUGGAGGAGGACAGCACCAAGGUGGACUGCCACUCCAACUCCACUGCUACUCCAGUCUCUUCUAAUGUUGGCGGGAUCAGGAACAUUGUGUCAUCUGCUAAGUUUGUUUUGAUAGUGGAGAAGGACGCCACCUUCCAGAAACUGCUCGAUGAUGACUUUUGCACCAAGUUAUCUCUUUGCAUCAUGAUCACAGGUAAAGGUGUCCCGGAUGUGAACAGCAGGCUGAUGGUGAGAAAGCUUUGGGACACCCUGCGCAUCCCUAUAUUUGCUCUGGUGGAUGCUGACCCUUACGGCAUUGAGAUCAUGUGCAUCUACAAGUACGGAUCAGUGGCCAUGUCAUUUCAGGCCCACAGUCUGACCGUCCCCAGCGUUAUGUGGCUAGGCCUCCUCCCCUCUGACCUCCAGAGAUUGAGAGUACCUGAGGAUGCUCUGAUCCCCCUCACACAGAGAGACCAGAAUAAACUGACCAGCCUGCUGAAGAGACCCUACCUGGCCUGCCAACCUGCCUGGCAGAGAGAGAUGGAAAUGAUGCAACGAAGCAAGGUGAAAGCUGAGAUCCAGUCCCUGGCCUCCAUAGCCCCUGAUUUCCUCAGCCGCGUCUACCUGCCAAACAAGCUGCGCUACGGGGGCUGGAUAUGAUCACACACUGCCCUUCUGUGGAUGGUGGGAUGUGGGAUUUGAUUUGGCUGGAUUCAAGCGUGUAUGGAUGUGGUACAGUUGCAGUGUGUCUGUCUGUGCAUAUGUCAAGUCUGUCACAUAGUGAACUGAUACAACAUUGUACAUCACAUUUUUAUAUUAUUGACUAUUUUAGGUCAUUAUAUUAUAUGAUGUGUAUAUUUUACAAAAUUAUUCCAGAUUAGAGUAUCAGUCCACCUGAAGUGGCCAAUUGACUGUGAUUGACUGUGUCCUUGAUGGUAAUGUAUCUGUGGAUACUAAAAAUGUAAAUUUUCUGCCACUUGUUGCUAAUCACAUCAAAAUAAAAUGUUAUUUGUCACAUGGUUCAUAA